AUGUCAAUCAUCCGCCCUUUGAUAGGCUCUCGCUUCUCUCAACGUCAGGAACGGGGCCCCGUGGUGAAUGCAACCCUUCCCGCAGAUGGUCGUCAAAUCUGCACCAACAACACAGCCGCCAUUACCAUCUUUCUCCUAGCUAAGCAAUUCAACGAGUCGAUCAAUUUCUCUUUGUCCGAGUCUGGGCCAGCCCAGCUCAAGCCUUGCCGUCUGAGCGGGAUUAGACACCAACCUGCCAGCCUCCCAGGAAAUCGAGAUGCGACACUUGCUCUUCAGCCCCGACGUCGCUCCGAAUCUCGCACAAACGCCUCAAUGCCACACCAGACGUUAGCCUUUGCAGUCGUGUGUCAACCGCUUUGGUCCGGCCGGGUCGUACCAAGCGGACUGGACUUGGUGUGCCUGCGCCAGCGAGACGGGGAUUGCACAAACUCAUUAUGUAAAAACCUUGCACUUGCCUACAUUGUGCAUAAAGCUGGAUAUCCAUCUGACCUUGAUCGAAACGUCCUAGACAUCACCUGGACGCUGCCAACGGCGGUAACCUAG